AUGAAAUCCAUGAACCACCCCAAUAUUAUCAAACAUUUUCACGUGAUCGAGACGGAAGAGAUCACCUACCUGGUGAUGGAGCAUGCCUCAGAGGGAGAGCUGCUGCGGAGGAUCCUGGAACGGGGGUCUCUCCCGGAGUGCGAGGCUGAAAGGAUAUUUACUCAGGUGGUGCAUGCAGUGAAUUACUGUCAUAACAAUCAAGUGGUCCAUAGAGAUAUAAAAGCCACCAACAUCCUUAUGGACUGCAGGGGGAAUGCCAAGCUGAUUGAUUUUAGCCUCGCUGUGAAAGUAACUCCUGGGCAGAAGCUGCGCGGUUUCUGUGGCACUCUGCCCUAUUGUGCCCCAGAACUCUUUGCACCCGGGGAAUACGAUGCUUACCCCAUUGACAUGUGGUGUUUAGGGAUUCUCCUCUUUCUCAUGCAUGUUUCUAUCGACAUUUUCAAUGUCAUCUUGGAAUUACUGAUAAUCAAUCCCGGAAGAAGGCCCACCAUCAAGGACAUCAUGAGGCGCCCCAUGAUCAGGGCCAGUGAGGCACGUUCACCACCUACUUCCACCCCUAGCCUCCCAGGCACCCCGAGCCCUAGCAUUGUUGGGACCAUGAGAGUCAUGGGCUAUAAGCCUGAAGUAAUCAUUGAAUCCCUGAGAGUCCAAAAAUAUGACGAGGUGAUGGCAACUUAUCUUAUAUUGCAACACCAGUCACCUGCGGGAGACUAUGGCCACAACCAGGUGAAUCCUGUGAAAACCAGGCAGCCAGGCACUGUCCUCCGCCUGACAGAGCCUUACAGUUAUCCUGGAUCCCUAAGGAGAGCUGAACCUGUUCCCUAUACCUUUACCUUGCCAUCUAAGGGCCAGGAAAAAGAGGAGGAGCAUUAUUCAAGGAAAUUUGCCAGAUGCCAUAGCAUGCCUGCCACCCUAUGCUGCCAUCCAGACACACACCCUCUCCACCUGGGCUGUCCUAUUGCUAAGUCCAUCAAGAGCAGCAUCCUGGAAAUGAAUAUUUAUUUUUCACAGGUUGGAUCACGUGACAGCCACACUGAUAGUGACCAUAUAUCUCUGGGUCUAUACACCAACUCUUCUAGAACAUCCCAGAAUGAGGGUACAAGUGACUUAGAGAGCCACAUGUCCUAUAGUCACCAAUCUGAAUCCUGGAGUUUCCUGGAGGAAGAGGACAGCUCAAGCUCCUCCUCUGAGGAUUUAUCGGAGAUGACAACAGUCAUAGAGAUAGAGUCUACUAUAGUCCCAGAGGAAAAGACUCUAACACAGGAAGACAUCGAUGCUCAGGAAGCAAUCAUUGCCCUGAGAGUGAACAUCAAGGAGGCCACGAUGCCUGAAGUGAGGGAGGAGGAAGAGACCGAGGAGUGA